UGUUUAGCACUUCUGCAGACUAAUCAGGGUUGCCAUGGCAGAGUUGACAUGUUGCCAGGGGAUCAUGAAGCUAAUAUGGCUGACCAUGGUAAUCUAAACCCCAUCUGUGAGUGUACAUCGUUGAUAAUCACAUCAGCAUUGGCUGGGGUGCUGGGCUUGUUACAGAGAACAAUUGUUCAUUGUGUCUGAUUAGCUUUUCAGAUGUCAGGUUCUUGAUGAUAAGGCCCCCAUAUUCAAGUGUCAGUUGUGGAAAUGGAUUCUACCUACUUUUCUAAAUCUGGAAUAUUAGGUGGAGAUUGGAAAAGAAAGGUUGGAAGGUGCUGAUUUGCUGUUGCCAUGGAUUCCAACAAACGAUUGGAGGAAAGUGACGAGGAUUUUCGCAAACGGCUUGUGGACAGUCUAAGCCAGAGUUUCCCAGAUAGUGCAUUAUCCAAAAUGCUGAAGAUUUGCAAUGCUGCUAAUUCAGCUCCAGAUUCAUGUGAUGAAUUAGAACUGGGAGACUUGGAUCCACUGGCAAAAAGUUGUUUUGCAGAAAUCCGUUUGGAUAAGGGCCCCAUUGAUGAAGAUGACGAUGAUGAUUUGACUAGUUUAGCCUGGCUCCAGGACUCAAACCUGCUGAAGGAUAUUGCCGGUGAAGCAGAUUUGGAAGAUAUCCCAGAGACUCAGAAGGAAAAUAAAGAAGGAGAAGUAAAUGGCAAGGAAGUCAGUGGACAAGUUCAUCCUCCAAAUGUGCCCUAUAAUCCUCAAAAACAUGUAAACAGUAAACCACCUUACUCUUUCAGCUGUCUGAUAUUCAUGGCAAUUGAGGACUCACCGCAGAAAAGGCUUCCAGUAAAAGACAUUUAUAACUGGAUUCUAACACACUUCCCUUACUACCAGAAUGCGCCAACAGGAUGGAAGAACUCUGUCCGUCAUAAUUUAUCCCUCAACAAAUGCUUCAAGAAAGUGGAAAAAGAAAGGGGACAGAGUAUAGGCAAAGGAUCACUAUGGUGCAUCGACCCAGACUACAGACCCAACCUCCUGCAGGCACUCAGGAAGACCCCAUACCACCCUUACCACCAGCUACAGAUGCUUGCCAACCCCCCAGUCACCCAGACAUACUCAUACUCUGUUCUUCCAGG